AUGGCUACUACCAGAACGGAUGCCACCUGCGUCCGCGAUGAUAUGGCGGCGUACCGCCAAAAUACAUGGGGCUUCUUCUUCUACCGUACAUGCUACUACGACGAUGAUGCACGGUGGGAGAGUUUCCUAGAGCGGAUGAAAGCAUUCGCAGAAAUGGCGCUACUCAAUCCCAAAACGGCGAACAAGAAUGGCGACGGAGAAGUUCUAUUGGGGCAACUUGAAUGGAAUAUUCAAUCGGACCCCUCGCUAAAUAAUUGUUUAUAUGAGGAAGUCUGGCGGUAUGGAUCAUGA